AUGUCAGUUGUAACUUUAUCAUCAAAUUUAUUGUUAAAUAUAUCAGAUAUAUUAGCAAGAGGUAUUAAAAUUGAAUAUGGAGUUUUAUUAGGUUAUAAAGAUGGUGAAAAUUUUAAUAUUGUCACUUCAUUUGAAUUAAAUAUAGAUCAUUUAUAUACAAGAUUUAAUCAAUUACAAUUAGUUUAUCCUCAAUGUUUAAUUUUAGGAAUUUAUCAUAUAAUAGAUAAUGAAUUAACAUCGUCAACUAUUGCAAAAUUGCAACAACUUAAUGAAUUAUGUCAAACUUAUGAAUUACCAAUAUCACAAUCACAAAUAUAUAUAAUUUACACCAAAAACAACAACAACGAAACUCCAUUUCAAGUAUAUUCAGCAAAUUCCAAUGACCACCCGAAAAUCAAAAUAGCAUCAAGUGAAACUGAAAAUAUCGUAGCAUCAACUAUUGAUAAACAUAAAAAUUACAAUUCAGCGAAAAUUGAACAAAAAAUUAAUACUGGAAAUCAUUUACAAGAAAUAAAUCAACUUAUUAAAACUUCAAAUUCAAAUUCAAAUUCACAAUUAACAUCUGCUCAAUUACAAGCUAUUGAUAAAGCCAAAUUUUUAAACCUUCAAACUAUUCAAUUAUCUUUAUUGACUGAACAAAGAGCUUUAUUAGAUAAAAUUAAUCAUCAAUUUGUUAAACAAUGGAGAUUAAGUUGA